AAGUUCCUAUGAAAGUGCCAAUGAGAAUCCAAUCUAGCUCCCUAUUUCAUCUUUUCAUUAUAUGGAGUUGUAUAAUACAUGGUAAAGUAACAUGUCAUGAAGUAACAUUCUAUGUGCAAAAUAAAUGCCCAUUUCCCAUUUGGCCGGCUGUUGCCCCCAACUCUGGCCACUCGGUGCUGGCCUCCGGUGGAUUUUACCUGCCAUGCGGAAAUACCAGACGCAUUGAUGUUCCUUGGGGUUGGAAUGGUCGUAUUUGGGCUAGAACAGGCUGUGAUUUCACUUCAAAUUGGAAUCAAGCUUGUGAAACGGGUGAUUGUGAUGGACGUUUGGAGUGUAACGGGUUGAUCGGAAAACCACCGGCAACACUUAUCGAAAUUGCGGUACAAGCAGACAAAUCGAAACUCAAUUUCUUUGAUGUUAGUCUUGUGGACGGUUAUAACCUCCCGGUCACAGUGACCUCGAAGCCCAUGUCAUCCAAAUGCACCAUCUUUGGUUGCCAUAGAGAUCUCAAAACCACAUGUCCCGAAGAAUUACAGGUUGUGAACAAAGAAGGACGAGUGGUGGCAUGCAAGAGUGCUUGCUUAGCGUUUGAUAACGACAGGUUUUGCUGUCGGAAUGCGUACGGAACGCCGGAAAAGUGCAAAAGGACUACAUACUCUAUGUUGUUUAAAGAGGCUUGUCCCAGUUAUUACAGUUAUGCCUACGACACACCUCCUCCCUUGGUCAGUUGCUCCGCAAAAGAAUACAUCAUCACGUUUUGUCCGUCAAAUUGGGGUCACAAUUCAGCGUAAAAAGGCUCCAAACGAAAAGCAUCAUUAUGUACUCAUGAACGUGUGAUUUAUAUUUGAGGCGUGUUCGUUUGGUUGCCGCAGGUCCGGCGUCAGCGUCAGCGGCAAUGAUUCUCGCACAAAGCUUGUUCGUUUCAUCGACGCCGGUAUGUGCGGCUGCGUCUGCGUCUAAACGCCAGCACCUG